GGCGGCGCUCUAGGCCGAGCGGGAGGUCGGGGCUGCGGGCGCUCGCUGGUGGCGGACCCGGAGGCUGCGGUGGCGGCGGCGGCAACUCCGCGGCCGGAGUCGAAUCCGAUCGGGAGCGCCAUGAGCGUGGACAAGACGGAACUAUGCGGGUCUCUGCUCACCUGGUUGCAGACUUUCCACGUCCCGCCCCCCUGUAGCAGCCCCCAGGACCUGAGCAGUGGCCUGGCUAUAGCCUUUGUACUGAACCAGAUAGACCCCUCCUGGUUCAACGAGGCAUGGCUCCAGGGCAUCUCAGACGACCCAGACCACAACUGGAGGCUGAAGGUUGCCAAUCUGAAGACGAUAUUACAGAGCCUGGUGGAAUACUCCCAGGAUGUCUUGGGGCAUCCUGUUUCGGAGCAGCUCCGCCCGGACGUGAGCCUCAUUGGCAAGUUCUCAGACCCGGCAGAGCUCGGCAAGCUGCUGCAGCUGGUGCUGGGCUGUGCCAUCGGUUGCGAGAAAAAGCAGGAGCACAUCCAGAGAAUCAUGACACUGGGAGAAUCAGUUCAGCAAGUGGUGAUGGAAGCCAUCCAGGAGCUCAUGACCAAAGACCCCCCUGACUCCCUGUCACCAGAGACAUAUGGGAACUUUGACAGCCAGUCCCGCAGAUACUACUUCCUGAGCGAGGAAGCUGAGGAAGGGGACGAGCUGCGGCAGCGCUGUCUGGACUUGGAGCGGCAGCUGGUGCUCCUGUCAGAGGAGAAGCAGAGUCUGGCGCAGGAGAACAGGGCACUGCGGGAGAGGGUGGGCCGGCCCGAGGGUGAGGGGCCCACGGGCCUCACCGCCAAGAAGCUGCUGCUGCUGCAGUCCCAGCUGGAGCAGCUGCAGGAGGAGAACUUCAGGCUGGAGAGCAGCCGCGAGGACGAGCGGCUGCGCUGCGCUGAGCUGGAGCGGGAGGUGACAGAGCUGCUCCAGCGGAACCAGGAGCUGACCAGCCUGGCACAGGAGGCACAGGCCCUGAAGGACGAGAUGGACGAGCUGCGGCAGUCCUCGGAGCGGGCCGGGCAGCUGGAGGCCACGCUGAGCAGCUGCCGGCGCCGCCUGGGCGAGCUGAGGGAGCUGCGGCGCCAGGUGCGGCAGCUGGAGGAGCGCAACGCGGGCCACGCGGAGCGCACGCGGCAGCUGGAGGACGAGCUGCGCAGGGCGGGCUCGCUGCGCGCGCAGCUCGAGGCGCAGCGGCGGCAGGUGCAGGAACUGCAGGGCCAGCGACAGGAGGAGGCCAUGAAGGCCGAGAAAUGGCUAUUUGAGUGCCGCAACCUGGAGGAAAAGUAUGAGUCAGUGACCAAGGAGAAGGAGCGGCUGUUGGCCGAGCGGGACUCCUUGAGGGAGGCCAACGAGGAGCUGCGCUGCGCCCAGCUGCAGCCGCGGGGGCUGAUCCAGGCCGACCCCACACUGGAUCCCACCUCACCAGGCGUGGAAAACUUGGCCGCAGAGAUUCUGCCUGCCGAGCUCAGGGAGACGCUCCUGCGGCUGCAGCUGGAGAACAGGCGGCUGUGCCAGCAGGAGGCGGCGGACCGCGAGCGGCAGGAGGACCUGCGGCGCCACCUGGAGGCGGCCAACCGCGCGCGCCACGGGCUGGAGACGCAGCAGCGGCUGAACCAGCAGCAGCUGUCGGAGCUGCGGGCCCAGGUGGAGGACCUGCAGAAGGCCCUGCAGGAGCAGGGGGGCCGGACCGAGGACGCCACCCUGCUGAAGAGGAAGCUGGAGGAACAUCUAAGCUGCGCGAGGCGGAUGUGGAGCUGCAGCGGAAGCGCGAGUACAUCGAGGCGCUGGAGCCGCCCGCCGACAGCAGCACAGCCCGGCGAAUCGAGGAGCUUCAGCACAGCCUGCAGAAGAAGGAGGCGGAUUUGCGUGCCAUGGAGGAGCGCUACCGCCGCUACGUGGAUAAGGCGCGCACGGCCCCUGACUGUCACCUCCUCGGCAGAUGGACUUCGAGAAGAGUCGAAAUCAGAGGGAACAGGAAGAAAAGCUACUCAUCAGCGCGUGGUACAACAUGGGCAUGGCUCUGCAGCAGCGAGCCGGGGAAGACAGGGCCCCGGCCCAUGCCCAGUCUUUCCUAGCUCAGCAGCGUCUGGCUACCAACGCCCGCCGCGGACCCCUGGGACGCCUGCGCCCCCCCGACAAGUACUGGUGAACCUCAGGGCCCUGCCACCCUCCAGUUCCCAUGGAGCCUCAGCAGCAGCAGGCCUCAGGGUCAUGACCUCUGCCCCUUGCUCUUUCCAGAUGGAGGUGAAGCAAGAGUCUGGGGUGGGGCAGGGCCGGAGGCCGGUACAGGCCCGUUCUUUUUAGCAAUGUGAUUCUUACCCUUGAUUCUAUCUCUGGGAUUCAUGAGCUGCCCAGGGAGAGUCUGGUUUUUAUAUCUGAAAGGAAAAAGAAUAAAGAUUUUAAAUCAGUC